AUGGCGUCUUUCCGUAUUGAAGACAUUUUGGCCCGUCCGCACGGACCGGCGUCACACAGUUCUGGUCGGUCGUCCGAAAGUGGCAGUGGAAUUGGCGUGCCUACUCCGAUCCCGAGUUAUCAACAGCUGAGCUUUGGUGUGGAACAAAUAUUAAGCAGGCACGACAACGAACAAAGAGAACCACGACUUCCACUGCUAGGUAAGAGAUUCAAGGAAGCUAAGCAGUGCUCGAGCAACCAUGAAUUCUUUUGUACAUGUACAUAAGUCACCAUCGUUUUGCAUCAUGUUAUUAAGAAGGAUAUGUUUUAUUUUGUACAGCUCGAUGGGGCAGGUAUUAAGUGUAUUUCUCUCAUAAAUGUAUCAUAAACGAUUUAAUGGAUUUUGACAGAGUAUGAGCGAAAAUUUCACAGAUUGGCACAUCAUGGAAAGAGUAACCAGACAUGCGAUGAACUUUUCACGCUUUACGGUGUUAUCUCUCUGAAUGAUACAAAAAAGGGUAAAAUUAGAUUGUUUAUAACCGGUUUCAGCUAAUCAUGUAGAAAUAUGGCUUGUUGAUAGGAACUCAUAUGUCGCGAAGGUAAUAAUAUAUUUUAGAAUUUUUAAGCAUUUCUGGCUAGAGAUGGAGUAUGUUGGUACAGAACAGAGAAAUCAGACACAGCUUUUACUGAUCAUUAAACCGUCUUGGCGACACUUUCAUUUGAAAAGCGGAGCGUAUUGCAGCCAUUAAUUAAAGAAAUACCAUAGCACUGCUAUUCUUUCGGGUAUCCAAAACAGUUAUAAUGUUUUGGCCUUAUCUCGUAAAUAUCAAAUCAAACCACAGGUGAACAGGCCAUGGUGAAAACAUUGAAUGCUUUGAGUUGUUUAUUCACGAAUCAAUUAGAGCGAUUUGUCGGAUAUGCUUUCCAAGGUUGUUAUCUAGUAGAGAUCGUAGAACAGAAAAAAAAAAAACAAAACAAAACAACUGUUCAAGGAGGGGGGCUACCCUUAAAAGCUUAAAAAUGUAAUUUAAAAUCUUAAACGUGCUAAAAAGGGGCUUACUAGACCGAUCAAACAACGGAAAUAGUAGUGUAUUCAUUGUAUCAAAGAGAUAUUUGCGGAAGUUGCGCUCUUGUGCGAAUAAAACUAUUGGAGUGGAUAUCGCUCUACAGAAGAAAAGACCAGAAAUUUGCUCUCGUCUUUCGUCGGCAAAUAGUUUUUCUAGAUUCAGUGCGCAGUUUACUUACGAAUUUUUCAUACCGACUUGUUAUCCCUGUCAAACGGAAAGCAUAUUCCUCAUGAUCUGCUAGUCACUGACAGUUUUUGGAGGGAACUUUUUCAGCAAGCUGUAUUUGUGUACUCAGUUUGUGAAGGCGACGCAAGAUACGAAAUUACAGAGUAAAAAUGACUUGGCGCUAUGUAACGUUUACAAUUGGGUGCUAAACGUUAGGUUCAAAUGGUGAUUGUAAAUCAGUGAAAAAGAAAAGCUAACAAUAAACAGUUUAAAAAUUCGCAGUCGAUCUUAUAUUGUAGUUUCCCAUGGACUUGCUGAUUAUGUACAAUCUCAAAAUAUUCUGACAUUCGAACAGAUCAAUUCAUAGAAACUAAUAAAACAAAUUUAUGUCACUGGUUUACUUUAUUAAGUGAUAUGAUAGCGUGAAUCUCGUCUCGUGAGAUUUCAAAUUGACUGGUUCUUAUUCAUGAUUACAACGAUGCUGUUUCACAAAAGAGGUGAAGUGAAAACCGGAGCAAUUAUAGUCAACGAAAAAGAAAUCAUCGCGUUUCACUCUAGUUUGCUUCGAUGAUUCUUUUCCUUUUUCCUUUCAUUUUUAAAGCUUCCAAAAAGACUACGAAAGAGUGUUCUGUAAGGACUACUCAACAAAAAGAAAUAACUGUUAUUUCCAAAUAGAAAUAACAGCCAUUUGUUUUUGUUGAGCAGUUCUUUAGAUCAUCUUAAAGACAUCUCUCCCGUAUGCCGACGGUUUUUCUUCAGGCUUCGUCUGCAGUUCAUGUUUCAGUCACCAUGGCCUGACAAAUCUAUCAAUUUCAUUUGUCGAUGCCUUUGAAUCAAACUUCCGACGUAAUUUUAUUAAUUUGGCAGGGCGUGAAAACCAUUUACGUUGCCAAUAAAGAAAAGAUAAUCAAAAUUGGAAUCUGGAGUUAAACUUCAGAGAGUUUUUCCUUGAGUUACAUUUCCGUUUUCACGCCCAAGGAAAAUAACGAAUUGAAGGCUCUGGAAAGUGAAUAGUUUUGGGGUGUGGGAAAGAAAGGAAGAAAGAAGUUUAGAAUUUACAAAUUAAAAAAGAGGGGAAAAACAUUUUCUGCGAGUUUCUUUCUCACUACUGAAAUUUCAACUGAAAAUACGCCCAAAAGAUGAAUUGUUCAUAACUUUAUCAUACAGUAAACUCCAAUCCCUAAAGUACCAACUUUCGACCAUCCCUUUAUGGGCUUUUCUUUGAAUAAAUUUUAUUUCACCCACUCGCAAGCGACUCAAUUGCUGAAGCAAACAGAGACAAUGUGUUGAAACAUCGAAGAACUAUAUAUGAUCUUAUAAACGCUUUUAUAAUCUACUAACCUAGCAAGAUCCAUUUUAACUACGUGUAUGGGGCGAUGUCAGUUUGUAAUAACUACAAACCUGGUUUAUCGGUAAACUGAUGAAAUGAUCGUAUAUUUGACAUCUAUUUAAGAGUGAAGCCUUGUAACUAUCAAUUCUCAGUUUUCUAGGAGUAGGAAUAAACCUUGCCGUCCUUUAAUGGUAGUGUGUUUAGAGCAGUUUUGUAGUUUGUAUCUGUAUAGAAAGUGUUUUUUGGUAAACUUGAACGGGAGAGAAUGAGCCAUGAUUUUUGUCUGAUGAAUAGACAAAGAGUCAUCUUACAUCUACUGUACUAUGGCUUAAAGCUACUGUUAGUUUGAAACAGUGUCAUACUUAAUUAAAGGGCCAACUAUCCAGCCGAAAUUUCUUUUCAUGCAAGGCAAUACUCGAAGUAAAUUUAAUAUAUGUCUUUCGCAUUUGUUUUCAAAAUAUAGUCUCUUAGCCAUUGUUUUUUCUUAAGGCACACAUAAGAAAGUUUGCAACUUGCAACCAGGCGAAUGAGUUCUUUUCGCCAAUCUUCUACUAGCUAUAUUAAUGCCUAGACUGAAUAGUAGAAAGGAACACGUUUCGAGAGGGUCGUUCUCAUUUUCUGUAAAUCUCACUUGUUUUUAGUUCAACACUUCAAAAAUACGAUAGCACAAACAGAGCCGACUAGAAACAGUGUCUUUUUUAACGAGUUGUAUGAUAACAAACAACGCAUAAACUCUGUUAAAGGUUUUACCGGAAUUCAAAACACCAAAGACUAAAUCCGUCUGGCGUUAAAAGAGGUUGCAAGUUUAAGUCAAAACAUAUCAAGUUGAUAUCAAGAGAUUUGUUUUUGAAAUCUUCAAGUUCUAUCGAGCAUUUGUUGGCCGCCAAUGACUGAGAACUAUCAUUAUUCUAAUAGGUAAAAUAGAUUGUUUAGCCUAUAUAGACCAUCUAUUUAUCCGCUAAACGCUUAAAAUACUUGAUCAGUACUUUCGAUCACAAAAAAACAUACGACGGGCAUUAUUGGACUUGCAAACACAGCAUGGGAUCGUUCCAGGCAAAGGCUUUCAAAACACGAGAUUUAAUACCAUCUUUUAUUUUCCCUUCCUUCGUUAAGAAAAAAACAGCUGGUAUUUCGCUCCAUUCUAUAAAUUUAUCACUUUAUUAUUAUCGCCCUUGCGGUGACAAAUAACAACUCUCAAUAAAGUUGACGACAGCCGCGCGAUCGCUAUGUCGUGAAGGACCGAGGGAUAGUCUAAAAUCUCAAGCAUCGUUUUUUUUUUUUGCGCAAUGGAGGAAACGAAAAAUGCUGUAGAUUUUUUAGGGUUGACACAUUCAAGUGGUAAGAGGUUUCUGUUAGUGCUGUAUUGCAUUUCUAACCAAACCCAAAAGCCUUAUUUCUUCUAAUAGCUGUCAAAGCAGUUAUCAAAGCGCCACGCCCAACAUAAGUUCAAACAAAACUUGCGUACACAAAUCAUCCCAUCCGACUUGCGAAAAAUGGAUUAGAUGGCAAUUCCUUUGUGCUGGGGAGAGAACAUCACCCGGAAUAAGUAGAAAAGAGAAUGAAGUUCAAGUUAAAUGAAAUCAAUGGGCGACACUCCAACAAUAGCUAAACAAAAGAGUCGCCCCAAUAGAUUGAAUCAGUUUUCUAAAAUCCAUUUACUUGUUUGCAUUGCUUUUUUUAUGAAUGCGAUAAAAGCUGAGAUGGACAUCAUUCGUCAACGUAUCGGAAAGACAAAUAUUUUUACUGCAUAACAAAACUAUUUUCCUUUCAAAACUCACAAAGGACUAUUUAUAACAUACAUCACGAGAACUUUCUGGGUAGCGUGAGAAAGGUUUCUCGAUUACAUGAAUAUCUUAUCAAACUCGUUUAGUUUUUAAUUCCCUAAUACCACUUAAUUUUAACUAAAGAAUCCUUUUCCAGUGUAGUUUUCUUUGGCCUUGCAAGAAAGACGUCAUUGAUGUCGAGAGAAAAGCUUUUUCGUGAAUGGAGCCCCACGUGUUUUUAAAAGUGCAUAACACGUUUCUGGAGGACUUUUUAAAAAGAUGUUGUUUUCAGUACAUAGGCAGGAUAAUAGGGUUACUGUAAGCUUUCAGUGUAAUUUGUAGUGUCUUAAAACAGUUAUUCACAAAUCUCUAUUAAACUGCUUGUGGUAAUUCUUUUUACAUUUGAUAUUUUCUUCAAUGAAUAUAAGCCACCCGCAAGAUAAUUAGUACAGUUCAAUCAGACAAUAAUGCUAUAAUCAGCCAUUCAUAUCUAGCAAAUCUUUCACACAUCAUGUCUAUUGUCUUUAAAUUAGAGGAGAGCCGAAAAUUCAAGGAGCCAGUAUAAAGCAAUGUAUCAUCAACAACUUCAUUUGCACUACUAAUUGAGCAAAAGAACACGAUUAAUUAAGGGGAUGAUUCCAAUUUCUUUGUUACCAUCAACAACAAUAGCAUUCUUUUGCUAGCUUUUCUUGUUUUCCUUCUUGCUUAUUAUAAUGUAAGGUUAACAUUGGCAGCUGGGGGACUAUAGAUGUUAUCGAGGGUGAGUUAUUUUUUCAAAUUUCUCCCACCCACGAAGGGAAAGUGAACUCGGCAAUACGUCAUGAAAUGUUUUCGUAAUGAGAUAAGCACGGUAAUGCCAGCCUGAAGAUGCGGUCAAUAUCAGCAAUAUCUUGAUAUUUCAAAAACAACAAGUGAAAGAAAGUAACUUUGUCUGUUGUUUUUUCGAUCAUGCUCCAACGACGGAAAUUAAACGAGAGGCGAUUAACCUCACAAAGUGCCGCUUCCCUAGCUGGUGUGUAUUAAAGAAGGAAGAUUUUGCUUCACGGUAAACAAGUGAAAAAUAGCUUUUCACCUGCAUUACAGUGUUUGCUUCUCACAGGAGUUACUCAUUUACACCCACUGAGUCAACUAAAGAGAUAUAAGAGGCAGCCCUUACUUUUUGACUAGCCUGUGGCUUAAAUCCUAAAGAUUGACCAUUCAAAUAAAAGCUGCUGAGCAGUAUUUUGCUGUGGUACUGUUUAUUAUGCUGAACAAGCUGGUUCUAACUUUUGAGUCUGUGGAUGAAAUCCUAUGGUGUGACCAUUCAAAUGAAAGCUACUGAGCAGUACUUUCCUGCGGUACUGUUUAUUAUGCUAUACAAGGUGGUUCUAACUUUUGAGUCUGUGGAUGAAAUUCUAUGGUGUGACCAUUCAAAUGAAAGCUACUGAGCAGUACUUUCCUGUGGUAGUGACACCCUCUGUAACAGACCCAGUGCAAUCUAUCUCUUCACUGGGUUCUCGGAGUAAAGGUCACUGGGUUGGUCUAUUUUCCACUUGUUUUUUCGUCUUAGUUGUGUACUUCCCAUAAAAGAAGAAAGAGGUGGCAGGCCUUACAUCUUUAGCGACAUAAAAACUUUGAACAUCUUUAACAUGUUGCUGUAGCGAGAAGAACUAAAAAAUUUACACUUUUUUAUGCGAGACAGAUUACCUUUACCCUCGGUAUUUUGUUUUUGUCAGAUGGUAAUAAUGUUUCGUAUUUUUGUUUCCUUUAAACAAACAUGACCAACGAAAUACUCUUGUCUUGUAGAAAAAAAGUCGUGAUAGAAAGUGACCGGGGAAGCAAAAAAUAAGCCGGGUAGAAACAAACUAUUCGCCGGGUCUCGGAGAGGCUAAAUUAUCACCGGGUAGACUGAAUUUAAACCACUGGGUAGGGUUUCACUGGGUCUGUUACAGAGCGGUGUGUACUGUUUAUUAUGUUGUACAAGGUGGCUCUAACUCUUGAGUCUGUGGAUAAAAUCCUAUGGUGUGACCAUUCAAAUGAAAGUUACUGAGCAGUACUUUCCUGUCGUACUGUUUAUUAUGCUGUACAAGGUGCUUCUAACUUUUGAGUCUGUGGAUGAAUUCCUUUGAUAUUACUGCUCACAUGAAACCUCUUCGACAGAGCUUUUCAGCAACUCUUGCUUGGCAUUGUACAAACAAAAAAUCAAAUUUUCCUUUCAUUGUAAAUUGGGGUUGAAAAGGUUGAUGCAAAGGUUGCCCACAAAAAUCAUCACUUCAAAAUUGAAAACAUGAAGUUUGUCAGUAUCAAAACAUGCAGGCUCAAACGGAUAUCCCUUUCUCGGCCCCCUUUAUGAUCAACAGUGUCAUGCCCCGUGAAAGGGAAUUUGGAUUCCGGAAUACGGGACAUUGUUACUCGUGGAAUCCGGAAUCGGAAUCCUGGGCUUUGGAAUCCGGAAAACAACUCAAGAAAUUCGAAUCUCAAAACGAUAGGAAUCCGGAAUCCAAGAUCUACUGACAAAGACUGGAAUCCAGUACGUAGAAUCCGGAAUCCCCGGCUUGGAGUCCACAAUCCAAGACUGUCUUGGAUUCUCUGACAUGGGGCGAAGUGUCGCAACAGUAUGAAAAAGCUAAGAAAUACACCAUGACAUCUAAGAACUUUCGCGGAGUAUUUAAAAGUGUUUCAAUUUGUUUUAACAUUUCGUGUAAUAAAACUAAAUCUAGUGAGAAAUCUUUGAUAAGUAAUUAACUGAAGAACAUUAUGCUUUAGAUAGCUAAGGAAUCUCUUAUGUCUGACUUACAUAGGUAGCCAUAGUUUUGAUUCCUUGGAAGCCUAAGCUUAUAACGAAGAUGAAAUCAUUUUGAUGACAGCUUCUUUUCUGUGGUACUUUUUUUCACAAGUAUACCAUGAAACGUCGACUUCAAAAUUUGAACGAAAUUUUCCUGUGGUAAUUUUUGCAGUACUGUACAAGAUCUGAGGUAGUAUGAAAUUACACACGUCUCCACCCCCUUACCUGUGGGGGAAGGGGGGGGGAGAGAGGGGGGGGAAAGUCUGCUGGGAGGGUUACCCUCUUUCCGGGAAAACUUUUCUCCAGAAACGCGGCUUGGUUCGUCCCUAGUCUCUCUCCGUUGUCUCUUAAGAUUAAAUAUUAUUGAGGGAAGUGCGUGGGAGAUGCGAUCGCGGAAAGAUGAGAAGCAACUUUCCCUUGAUACUGUUUCCAUAUUGUUCUACAGAAAAUGCUAAAAUCUCUCUUUAAGAAAAAACUGUUCAAAGUAACCGCUUAUUGACUGAGAGGUCGUGCUUUUAACUCUUGACAUCAUCUUGUGUCUCCCGCGUGGCCCUCCCACGGCAGAGACACACUUAUCUACUUGCCUGAAUGAACCAGCAACAAAAGCAACAAAAUUUGAAUGCUAAACGUAUGCAUUGCUUAAAGAAAAUAGCCUUGCACACAACGCCCAGUUGUUGGAAGGCCGAUUAGCGGUAAUCCGGGGUUAAAUUUUAAUCCGCAUGUUAUUUUCUUUAGUUCAAAAGCAUUUUCUGGGAUAAUUUUCUGGAUUCUUUGUAGAGCAUCCAAUCAUCAAAUUGUACACAAAAUGAAUUAAACUUCAUUUGCUUUUCAAACCUUCAUAUCUGAAUCCAAAUUUAGAACUAAACCCUGGGUUGUCUUAACCCAGGGAAGAGCCCGGCGCAUGAUCAGGGCCCAGUUGUUUGAAGGCCGAUCAGCACUAACCUGGGGUUAAGUUUUAACCUGGGUCUCCUUUUCUUUUCAUCAAAAGCAUUUUCUCGGACAAUUUUUGCUAUUCUAUUUACAGCAUCCAAUCAUCAAAUUGUAGACAAAAGGAAUUAAACUGAAUUAGCUUUUUAAGCUUUCAUAUCUGAAUUCAAAUUUCGCACCAAGUCUGGGUUAUCUUAACCCAGGUUGAAGAACCCGGCCCAGGAAUAUAAUUUCCAAGAAACGCACAAUGAGGACAAAAAGGGAAAUACUACGUUCUUGGACCAAAUACAUACCAGUGAGCAUUUAUCCGGUUAAGGUCUGAUUGUCUUCAUUGAUAUUUUGCUUAGGGGCAUAUUCAGUGGUUCCUAACACAUGUGAUCAUCUUCACGCGACAUAUUGGACUUCACCGUACUUCACCGCACACCCCCAACCAUUCCUGUGUGGAUCUUUACUUCAUCCUACUUGUGACACGUGUCACACCCACAGCCCUUACUCAUACAGCUCGAUAUCCGGUAAGAUAUGGCAUUUAUUACCUGUAAAGUAGAUAAACCGAGUCAAUUGAGGAUGAAGGUCCCUUAUCCUCUCUUUACCAAGUACAACUCAUGCCCGCAUUUUUAUGCGUAUAAAAUCUGUUCAGCGCCAAACAAAACGGAGCUUAAACAGCCACGACCACGACGACAACUAAGGGCCUUUUUACAUGGAGGUGGGGGACCUCAGGUAGGUGAGGUGACAUGUGGCGGGUAACCCCACCUAUCAUGUAAACGUGAUCAAAUUGAAAUGAGAGAUUAUAUGGACAGGCGGGUUACCCCACCUACCUGGGGUCCCCCACCUCCAUGUAAACAGGCCCUAAAUUGCCCAAAAAGCAAUUGGUUUUAUGAGCAAAACAACGGCUCUGCACGUGCAUCACGCUUUUUUAGUACAUUUCGUUCACGUCCACUGCACCACUACGAUUUGAAACCUCCUAAUGCGACGUUUUAUGGAGGACCUGAACAUACCACGAAAAAUUUCCCUUUCUCUUUUUGAACCUGGAUAAAGUCCUUAAGAAUUCAACUCCAGGAAAAUUGCUUACAUUUGACACAUUGAAAGGUUCCAAAUAGACGCGAUGAAGUUUGAAAAACUUAAAUUCAUUUUUUAAAGCGACUUUGUCACUGCCGCCGUCGUGGUCGUUGCUUAUGCUCCACACACAGUUGGUAUUCGUUCUUAUAUGGUUGCAAUUCGGGUACAGCUGUUUCGAGAAAGGUUGUAGGAAGAAAUGCGCACGCGACAAUCCCGAAAGGUAAUAUGGUAUAUGAUCAAUACACUGUUCCUAACGACUGAAGCUGUCGAACCUACUUUUGUUGCUUUCCUUUAGUACUCUCAAACAUAUGUCCGUGGCCUUCCGUACCAUUCUUUCAAAUUUCUUUGAAGAACAGUGUCCUCAAAGGCACCCACAAUACCUUUCGGGAUUGUCGCGUGCACUUUUUCCGACAAGCUUUCUCGAAAUAGCUUUAUAUUAUUAUCACGCUUGUCACAAAGCGUGGUAGAUCAAGAACAACAACGUUGUUAGAUGUUACGUUACCUUGAUGUCACCUCCUUAAUCAAUAAUAGGCUAUUGUCCCACUCACAUCAAAGCUUAAACACGUUUAAAAACUGUUUACUUUAACUCGUAUCAAAUUUUUUUGUUAAAAAAGUUGUUUACUGUGCUUUGAUUGAUAGCAAAUUUAGUGUAAAAUAGAUUGUACAAUUUUAAGUCAACUUAAGACACAUUUUUGGACAAAUCCAAAAGGACAAUGACAAAAAGUAAAAAAUAUGGUUCAAAUUAGUUUGUACAAAUCGACCACACUUACCCCGUACAAAUGCAAUUAUAGAUGGAAACGAGGAUGAAUUUGACCUUGUUUUAGUACAACCCUACCUGCUUCCUUGAAAUUAUGUUGUUCUUAUGUUAAACAAUAUUUUUCAAGCAUAAUUUCGGCAAGAAAACAAAGGAGGUUUCUAUGAAAACAAGAUCAAUCUUAACCUCACAUUCACUGGACGGCUAGGUUACUAAGCCCUCAACUGUAAAAUGCUUUAAUGAGAGCACGCAUUAUUGGGCAAACACCGUUCCGCUUUGGCUCUGGUGACCUUUAGCUAUGACUACAUCACUCACUCCUUGUAACUACUGGAGUGGACAUAUCAAAAGUUUGAUAUAUUUUGCUCGGCAAGUGAAUAACAUUUAAUUUACAAUCCAUUGUUAAUUUUACAGGAAUUUAUAGAGACUACAGUGCCACAGUUCUCAAUAAAACUAUACCGGGUCAAGUCUUACCCGGCCAACCAAAACCGAGAAAGCCAAGGAGGCCAUGGACACGAGCAGUGUUUUCAAAUCUACAGAGGAAGGGCCUAGAAAAACGGUUCCAGCUUCAGAAAUACUUAACAAAAGCUGAUCGCCACCAGCUGGCGUCCAUGCUGGGGUUAUCUGACAACCAAGUUAAAGUCUGGUUUCAAAACAGGCGAAUGAAAUGGAGGCAAGACGCUAGAGAAACAGUAGCCUCUGGUAGCUCUGAAGAAACUACGGAAAGAUCAGAGCAGUAG